ACGGUGUCGAAUUCAAGUUCAAUAGUCGGUCGUCGACAGCCUGAAGGGAGCUCGCCGUAGAUGGUGAUCACACAGCCUUAAAUCCCGUCUUGUACACUUUUCAAUCUACGCGCAAAGCUAUCGCAGCCGCAGGCUGCGAGACCAAUUCCUUUGUAUCUCGACGAAAAAGUGAAUAGGAGUCGGACUAGCGCGAAGAGCCUACGGGCAGAGUGGUUUCCUGCCGAGACUCGUCGUACGAAGCUCGAGUCUCGUCCACUGCGUCGCGCAACCCUGAGCCAAGGGAAAUAAUGGUCUGCCACAGUCCCGAGCCCCGACGCUCGCUGCUUUAUAAGGACAAGGUGGACAGUAACUUGCCCGUCGCACCCGUCCAACGCACCGUCCUCACGUCGUCAUCUCCGUGGUAUGGCUCAAUAUCUCACACUUGUCUGUCCAAUCGACUCGGCGAGCCGACAGCCGCAGUACUCGUCGAAACAUUCGGAGAGGAGAGGCCUGUUCCGCCGCCUUCUCACCGCCGAGCUCCGCUUACCGGGAGCCCGGACGCACGGAUGCGAUACAACGAGCACGACUUCUGGAAGCAUGUCAUAAAGCGCUUCCGCUACAAACUCGUCGGCUGGCCGGAGUCGAUCCCGUUCAAGGAUCUUAGCGAGGUCAAGGGCGGACAGGGCCCCGUCGCAGAGUUGCUCCACUUGUGGUACAAGGGGAAACUCGCUUUCGUACGUGUCGAAUCAGCGUCGGAGGUUGCUGCGCUCAAGCCCCAGACCGUUCGUACACGGGCAAGCCGCUGCGAUCUCAAGUCCCACUGGAGCCAACUGACGGCAUCCGGGAAACCACGACGCUGCCAUCACCGGGGCGCUAUUACGCCGCUGACGGUUACGGAGGAUGUCGAUGCGCGCGUGGACGCGGAGGUUGACGCGAUGGUUGAAGGCACGGGUGGCGGGCAGCGUGUAGCGCAGGGCGAGAUUGCGGAGGAUCGGAUUGAAUCUUGGUAGUUUAGACGAGACCAGUGUUUUUGGAUUUGGCAAAUUGGUUCACUACGGGGUUGAUCAGAAGA